AAGACACUUAACACUUUUUUCCACCACUGCAAAGGGGGCAGCUGGGCCUUAUAGUGAGGCACAUGGACAGUGCAACGUGGUGGCAUGAGCAUCUUUCUGAAGAGAACGUCGAGUUCCUCAAGAAGUCAGCUGCGGAGGAAUACAAAGCUCAGACAGCCAGCAAGCUGUGCCCUCUGAAAGAUGAGCCUUGGCCAGUGAAUGAAUGGAAACCAGGUUCCAUCAGAGUUGGUGUUAUUGCAGUAAAACUGGGAAUGAUGCCAAUAUGGACCAAGUCAGGAAAAAAACAUGCUGUCACACUGCUUAAGGUGCAAGAUUGUCAUGUUUUAAGAUACAUUUCAAAAGAAGAGUCGGGUAAAAAAACAUCUCAGCUGAUUGUUGGAGGCAAAAACGUAUCUCCUUUUUCUAAAUCAGAGGAUACAAUGGAAAUUUUUAAAGAAGCUGGAGUACCACGGAAGCAGAAAGUGUCAGUGUUUAAUGUAACAGAUGAUGCCAUCAUUAAACCAGGUACUCCCUUGUAUGCCGCUCACUUCCGCCCCGGGCAGUUCGUGGAUGUUACUGCAAAAACAAUUGGUAAAGGAUUUCAAGGUGUCAUGAAAAGAUGGGGAUUUAAAGGUCAGCCUGCAAGCCACGGCCAGACAAAAACUCACAGGCGUCCUGGAGCACUGUCUACCAAUAAAGCUUCCAAAGUUUAUCGUGGAAAGAAAAUGCCUGGUAAAAUGGGUAACAUCUAUAGGACAUCUUUGGGAUUAAAGGUGUGGAGGAUCAACACCAAACAUGACAUUAUUUAUGUAAAUGGGUCUGUUCCAGGUCACACCAGUUGUCUGGUGAAGGUCAGAGACAGCAAAUUGCCUACUUGCAAGGACCACAAUAAAAACCCUCCGUUCCCCACGUUUUUUGCUGAUGGAGAUGAACAGCUACCAGAAGACUUGUAUGAUGAGGAGGUUUUCCAGUUCAAGGAUCCAUCUGUCACAUAUGCGUAACGUUCUUUAUGUAGUUGAAAACACCGUUCUGUUACUAUCAUGAACUUUGCAGUGCUGUAUAAAAGUAAACCUCUGAAUUGCAAUUUGGCUGACUGACUUGAACACCUUCUUGCCAUUUUGGUCAGGUAAUACGUUUCACCGGUGUCAAUUUUGAACCUGUAUUUAAAGCAGCAGGAGAGUCUGAGGGGUAGGUUGUAAAGCACACCAAAAAGUGGUCUUCAGUGAUCUUCUGUCCUCUGUCUCAGGCUGUGAAAACUUCCACUUUACUGAAAGGGCUGUUCUGAAGAUGGUUCCAUUGAGUCUUCUGAAUGCUACAAACUCAGUUUCUCUUUUGUUUUCUUUUUUGUGGAAAGUAUUCUGGCCAACUCUGAUCCCUCAAGAAAACUUCCAAAUCUGCCUUGGCAUCUGGGGAUGGGGAGGAAAUCAAACAGAAUUAUGAAGAACAGUCCAAAAUAAAGCAUAUGAAAUGUGUUGCUCUUUA